UUUGUUUCUUAAGUGGUAAGUGUCUACUGUUUAUCCGCAUAAAUGAGUCACCAAGUCACGGAAUGUCAGCCUCUAGUUUUUGAAAAGAAGAGGGAUGACGGGCACUAUAGUAUCAAUGUUAAGAAAGGACUUGGAGUUCUUUCAACUUCCAUUUUCAUAGCAGGAGAAAUGGCAGGAAGUGGAGUAUUAGCACUUCCAAAAGCUAUUGUAAAUUGUGGAUUUAUUGGUCUUUUACUACUUGUGAUAUUUUGUAUAAAUGCUGCUUAUGGUGGAAUCAAAUUAGGAAAUUGCUGGCAGAUAAUAGAAGAACGUUAUCCAGAACACAGAAAAAGUACAAGAAAUCCUUACGCAGUCAUAGGUUGGAAAGCCUUUGGAAAUUUUGGUAGUGUAUUAGUUUCCUAUUCAAUAAGAAUAACACUGUUUGGUGCUGGAACUGUGUAUAUUCUUCUGGCUGCUCAAAUAUUUCAAGAACUCUUCGACACCAUUUUACCGGUAGUGAGUUCUUGCUCAUACUUUUUAAUAAUUGCUAUAUUAUUGAUACCCCCGAUGUGGUUAGCGUCGCCAAAGGAAUUUAAUUUUGUAGGAAUUGGAGCGUUGUUAACGACAGUGGGAGCAUGUAUUUUAUUUUUCUAUCAAAUAGUUCUGGACGGAAACGCAAAACCGACCCCCGUUCGAAAAAUACACGAUUUCAAUGAUUUUUUUCUUUCAUUCGGAACAUUGUUAUUUGCUUUUGGAGGCGCCUCCACGUUUCCGACCAUUCAAAAUGAUAUGAAAGAUAAAAACAAAUUUUCCACAUGCGUGAUAAUAGCAUUUAGUGUUAUUUUAGUACUAUAUUUGCCAAUAUCUGCUGGUGGGUACUAUGUUUACGGUGAAGAUGUUGAUUUUAAUAUUUCACGGUCACUAUCGAAAAGUCUGUAUGUUUACUUAGCUAACAUACUUAUGGCUAUUCAUUUGAUAUUUGCGUUUUUAAUAGUGACGAAUCCAGUGUCGCAAGAACUGGAAGAGGCACUCAACAUUCCAAAAAACUUUAAUUGGAAAAGAUGCUGUAUUAGGAGUUUUAUGAUGUUUGCCAUGAUAAUUAUAGGGGAAUCGUUACCACAAUUCGGGGUAAUUCUAUCCUUGAUUGGAGGUUCCACUAUUACUUUAUUGACAUUUGUUCUUCCACCUUUAUUCUACAUGAAACUAUGUAGUAUGAAAAGUCCUGAUUGGCAACCAAGACAUAUUCCUCUUCAUGAAAAAAUUUACUUGUGGGAACUAAUUGCGAUUGGCAUAGUUGGUGGAGGUGCUUCGACUUAUAGUGCUGUCCAUGUGAUAUUUGGAUAUAAUUCAUUUUCAAAACCAUGUUAUUGGAGUAAUAAUAUUUAAUUAUUUAUUUUUGGAUAUAUAUAAAUAAUUCGUUAAAUAGAUCAAAUUGUGUUUAAUGACUGACAAUUUAAUAAUGACAAAUAAUUUUCUUGAAUAUUAUAUUCGAAUCUAAAUUAAUUUAUGAACAUAAUUUAAAUAAAAUUUAUUUAUUUGG